AUGACGGCAUGGUUAGUGACAGGGUUGGGAUUGAUGUCUCAUGACAGAAAUGCAGGGGGCCUGGUGAUAUUGGAGGUAACCCACGUUAUCCCAUUCUGCUACGAAUCAUACAAGGACCAAGAGUCCGCGGGCGAAAAGCCCCCCAAACUUGCUGUAUCACUGCUUCCCAGGACUCGAGAAACGGACCAACGCCACUCUGAUUAA